CUCACAACAACUUGCAUGUGCACACGUUUCGUCCGGCCUCCUCUGACCAACCAAAGGUCUGCCUUGGGUUUUGUCAGAACGGCAUGCCGCAGAUCACUGUUCUAUACUUCGCCGCAGCUUCCACAGCGGUGGGUGCCACCGAAGAAAUCGUCCAGCUACCGUCCAACGAUACACCGUUCCCUUUAUCUUCCCUCGCUGGUCAUCUUAGUAGCCUGCACCCCAACACUGGCUUAGACAAGAUCCUGAAAACGAGUCAGUGGAGCGUCGACGCGGAAAUGGUCGAAGACGUGGAGAAGGCGGCUCUCAAGGGAGGAGAGGAAGUAGCGGUCAUAUGUCCCGUAUCAGGAGGUUGAGCCCCAGAAAUAGCGCUACACGAGGGCGACGCUAAAUACUUAGCACGAUAAAUGUCUACUGUCAUACCGCUAGCUUUUGCCGUACCUGGUGUCGCUUUGGCACUCAUCUAUUGCUAUCACAACAUCCGCCCGCGCCAUGCUCAUCGCGCAGACCCAGAAAUGCUACUCGAAUCAAAAGUGCCGGUGCCAGCGUUCAAAGCUCGCAGACUCAAUGGCAGCACCUUCCUUAUCACCGAGUGGGAUGACAUAUGGAACGAACACCCAUACAUCUACGCCAAGGUUGUCCCGUCCGCGAACACCAUACUCAUCCUCGACACUGGGUGCGGAGGCACGACCAUGAAUUCUUCCAUCGGUAUCAGGAGUCUCAGAAAGUACCUAGAGACUGUCCCGAUCAAGGAAAAUCGCAGCCGGGCGCUAAAUGAGGGAGCCACCAUGAAGUACGUGGUAACGCAAACCCAUUGUCAUUACGACCACAUCUUGGGUGCGGAGGCAUUUGCAGUCGACAGCCCGAUCCUUGCCUCUUCCAACUGUCCAGAAUUUGUUUCUCCUGAGAACCUGCCAGCCCAUUCGCAGUGCGAAGCACUGAGCAUCCGAACGCCGCGAUACCCUCUGACCCUCGUUCCCCAUCUACACGACAUUGUCAGCGGCGACCAGAGGAAUCCACUGGGUUCGCCUCUGGGGGUGAAAGUCCUUCAUACGCCGGGCCAUACGCCAGAUGAACUUGUGCUUUGGGACGAGGAUGAGGGUAUGCUAUUUGUCGGGGAUACGCUGUAUGAGCACGACCCGAUUAUCUUCCCCAACGAGGGCUCCAUCGUUGAAUGGUUUUCUACCAUGAGCGACCUUACCGCGUUUGCGGAGCUUCAUUCGACAAAACGGCCUGCUCAAAUUAGCUGCGGGCAUGCAACUGCGGGAGGAAAUGCAGUGGAGGUUCUUCGAGCGACGAGGAAUUUCAUGAGGGAUAUCAUCGAGGAAAAGGAGGAGAUGAAAAGGCGAUUCCUGAAGCGGGGGUUCUGGCACGUGGAAUACAGGCAGCGGGGUGGUCGGUUCUCUCUAAUCUGUCCUGAGCGACUAGUGUUGGAAGCAAGGAAAGCGCUAAUGGAGGGUAAAUUGGUAAACUAACCGUCACACCGUGAUAUUAACACUUACAAAAGAAACAUGAGUCUUCUACCUGC